AUGACAUACACAUUGUCUGUGGGCCAACCGCUAAUUGACAAGAAUCCACAACUUCAGUCCUAUUACCAUUCCCUCGAGUCCAGAAUCGGAUAUCGAAUCUUUCUUGGUGGCACCCGACACUUCGGCUUCUACGAACAUGACACUUGGUGGCCAUUUCCCAUCUCACGCUCCUUGCGGGCCAUGGAGGAUAAGUUAGCGGGAUUAUUAGAACUUCCGCGCGGGGCCUCCGUCCUAGACGCGGGCUGCGGCGUCGGCCACGUCGCAAUUCACCUAGCCACCGAGCAUGGCUACAAAGUCCAAGGAAUUGAUAUCAUCGAGCAUCACCUGUACAAAGCGCGCCGGAAUAUCACCCGAGCCGGUCUGUCGGAGCACCAGGUCACCGUGCGCAAAAUGGAUUAUCACCACCUGCAAAGUCUGCGCCGCGAGAGUUUCGAUGGCAUCUACACCAUGGAGACCUUUGUACAUGCGACGGACCCCGAAUCCGUGCUGGCCGGUUUUUUCCGGCUCCUCCGCCCCGGAGGCCGGCUAGCCCUCUUUGAAUAUGACCAUGUUCUUAGCGUCGCGGACACCCAAGAGCAGGCGGCGAUGGUUGAGGAUAUGCGCAAGAUCAAUGAGUUCGCCGCGAUGCCGACCAACAGCCGGUCACACCCUGGGACAUUCAAAGAGAUGCUGGAGGAUGCCGGGUUUGAGGAUGUCGUGGUCCGGGACUAUUCGGAGAAUAUCCGGCCGAUGACGAGACUGUUUUUCCUAGUGGCGUAUGUCCCGUAUCUGAUUGUGACAAUGUUGGGCUUGCAACGGUACUUUAUCAACACGGUCGCAGGGGUACAGUCGUACCGAGGCCGUGACCACUGGCACUACCUGGCCAUCUCAGCCAGAAAGCCGGGAACGCCGAUCGAGCCUGCGAAAGAUCGUUGACUGUAAUAUAUCAUGUGUUCUUUCUAGUCAUGUUCUGCGCUUUUCACCAUGAGGCUCAUGUAUAUCACCUAGUCGUUUCGAAAGCGUGUUGUACAUCAUAAGUCUGUUUCAGGAGACCUACAAGGCUUCGCUUUGGAGAGGUUGAGCCCGACAGCCUGGGGGUCUAUCUCUGUCUCCCGUUUUGGUAUAUAUAUCCGGAUGCUGCCAAAUGGAGGAGCAGUGGUAGUUUUGCGGGGUAUGGAGAGGCGGGUACGAGUUAGCGUACAACUAUCCGGCCUACUUAUGUGCUCUCGAAUCUAAACACGAGCAGUGGCCAGGACAACAGCGUACACAAUAGACAGAUUUAUAC